GAUUAUUUGUUCCGAUUUCUAACGACAAUUUGUUAUUUUAGUUUCAACACAACAAAAUGUCGACCGAAUACGAUAUCACGAUGUCAACCAAGAAUGAACCAACAACUCCAACCCCUUACUCUCUUCAACAGCCUAGCCGAGCUGGCAAGAUCCCGAAGCCUAUAAUGGAGAAGAGAAGACGAGCUCGUAUUAACAAGUGUUUGGAGGAGCUAAAGGUUCUGGUGCCAGAUCUUACUGAGUCCGGAACCAGAGUGGACAAGGCUGAUGUUCUGGAGAUGACUGUAGAGCACCUUACCAGGAUGAAAAACAAGAGACGAAACCUCACCUCCAACCUCUCACCGCACGUGAGCCCGUAUAUAGACCCACACGUGCAAUUCAAGCAAGGAUACCAGCAGUGCAUGAACGAAGUCACUAAACUCCUUCUUUCCUCUCAAGUGGACGAGAAUGUGACCCACAAACUUGUGGAACAUCUUACAACCCGCACACCCAGCCCCGCACUCUCUUCUUCACCUGCAGUUCUAUCAAACCGAAUGUCCCCUGUUGCCAGGAGCCCACCCCUAGUGACGUCAUCACAUCACAUGACCAGACCUAGCUCUGUUCCUCUUAUCGUCCCUGAACCCGUCAGAUCCUCCCACCUCCCUCACUUCGCCUUCACACCAGCUCAGUACGCGCAACCUGUUCCCACGUACCCUUCUCCACCCAGCUCCCCAGUGGAGAGACACCACCUUUCUGAGCGACAUCACCUUUCUGAGAGACAACACCUCUCUGCCCCCAACUCUCCUCCUAAACUAGCAGACAAGACCCACCUCCUGACGGAGAUGAUCAACAGAACUAACCUCCUCUCCGCGCUCCCCUCUAUCGCGCGACGACCCCAACCCACCGCACUGGGGGACAGCAUGAAGGUCUGGAGACCUUGGUGAGCACAAACUUCUGAUCCUGUUGCGGGAAAUUUGAGAUAUUGAGGCUAGAUAGGCAGCUUGAUGAAGAGAUGCUGGGAAUCGUGAGGAAGGUAUCCGUACUGAACUCGGAGACGAGGACUGAACAAAUUGAUGAGAUUUUGUUGGAAAGGGGAUAAAUAUAAAGACUGAAACUUUGGCUGAUAACGCCCAUGUGAUGUGUAAAUUAUUACUAUAACUAUUAUUAAUCAUAUAAAGAGUUAAGAUGGAAUGAAUAUUUUGUAAUUGAUGUUUUGUGUCUUUAAAAUCGGACGAUACUGUUUUCACGGGAACUGAACUAAACUGGUGAUGAUCGAAGCUAUUUGAAUUUCUGGCAGUGUGAUUUUAAGGAUGCAUAGAUAAUUUGUGGUUUUACACAACUGAUUUAAAUUGUUUAUUGUUGAUUAACGGCUGUAGUUUUAUACAAGCCUGAUUCUUCUUAUUACAAAACCCUGA